AAUAGGGCAAUUUGACCUCACCACCAGUUGAGAAACACACUGAAAUCGACCCUAGAUUUUGGAAGCAGAAGAAGUUUCCGCAAUGGUCUGAUGCUCAAUCUCAAAAUCCUUCGUUAACUCGAAGGCCAUACGAUUGCACUUGCACCCUAGCAGUAUCAGAAUUCGAGAUGUCCGACCUAGACCGCCAAAUUGAGCAGUUGAAGCGAUGCGAGCCGCUCACCGAGUACCAAGUCAAGGAUCUCUGUCUCAAAGCCAUCGAAAUCCUCGUCGAAGAGAGCAAUGUUCAACGCGUUGAUGCCCCUGUCACUAUUUGUGGAGACAUACAUGGACAGUUCUAUGACAUGAAAGAGCUUUUUAGAGUUGGAGGUGAUUGUCCAAAAACGAACUACUUGUUUCUUGGAGAUUUUGUUGAUAGAGGAUUUUACUCCGUUGAGACAUUCCUGCUUCUACUUGCCCUGAAGGUACGGUAUCCUGAUAGGAUAACACUUAUCAGAGGGAACCAUGAGAGCCGACAGAUAACACAGGUGUAUGGUUUUUAUGAUGAGUGUCUCCGGAAAUAUGGUUCCAUCAAUGUUUGGAGAUAUUGCACUGAAAUUUUUGAUUACUUAAGCUUGUCGGCACUCAUUGAUAACAAAAUAUUUUGUGUUCAUGGUGGUUUGUCUCCUGCGAUAUCCACAUUAGACCAGAUUCGUACAAUAGAUCGAAAGCAAGAAGUACCCCACGAAGGUGCCAUGUGUGAUCUCCUUUGGUCAGAUCCAGAAGACAUUGUUGAUGGAUGGGGUCUCAGUCCUCGUGGUGCAGGAUUUUUAUUUGGUGGAAGUGUUGUCACUACAUUUAAUCACUCAAAUAACAUCGACUAUAUAUGCCGUGCCCAUCAGCUGGUAAUGGAAGGUUAUAAAUGGAUGUUUAACGAACAGAUAGUUACAGUCUGGUCAGCUCCAAAUUACUGCUACAGAUGUGGAAACAUUGCUGCAAUUCUCGAGCUAGAUGAAAACCUUGAGAAGAAGUUCCUUGUAUUUGAAGCAGCUCCACUGGAAUCGAGAGGAGCACCGGUGAAAAAGCCUCCUCCGGAUUACUUUCUAUAGGAAAGAGAAUUCAUGAAAGAUUGGUGCCUGUGAAUUAGAGCAAGAUUUUUGGCUUGAGCUCCCCAGAUUGUUAGUGAACACAGAAGAAGGCGAGUUACUGGGUUCGGUUGCUGGGUGCGUUGCUUGAUUCUUUUCACCAAAUCCAUUGUUGAGUAUGGUGUCCUAAAAUUUGUAUACCUCACUAUCUUAUGUCACUCUUAUAAAAGGAAUUAAAGAAAAGGAUUUUCAAUGGUGGUAGCA